CUGUUAACGGACCGGCCAGCUGUCACAUGGCUUCUACGGGAUGCAGACGGUUCAUUUUAUUGGGGAACAACGUGACACCGAGGCUCAGGUUGUAGCUUGAAUCAGGCUAUGGCUCAACAAUAACGAAAAAGAAGAAAGACAAAUCCCGGGACAAAGGUUACCGUGCCGUGUGACUCUGUGGCGCCCGAGGGGAACUUUCACUUCUCUGUGAAGUUGCUCUUGUUCUGUGAAACUCCGCUUGUUUACGUGACUGCUGUAGUUUAAAGGAAAGCUAUUUGGAAAAUUAUUAGAGUUUUCAUUCGACACAUCCCGGUUUGUUUUAAUCGCCUGAUGAAUGUAAAAAACUGCGUAACAAGUUUUAAAAACGCACCAGUUCUUCUAGCGGCUGUCUGAACAGCUGACUCACCGACGUCACCGGGGCGGUAGCGAUGUUUUGAUCAGAGACCCCCUCACGGUCUGAAGAUGAUCGGGUCUCCUGACCUGUUGGCCUUCACCGGCACUGAGGGGUUCGGGGAAGGAGAAGAGGACCAGGAGUCCCAUGGUCUACCAGAAGACCUGUCUGUACCCCUUCUACCUUCGUCUAACCCCUGGAUCACCUCUGCCCAGUUUCACAGAGACUUUAUUCUGGUGGCUGAAUUCUCUGAGCAGGUGGGGCCGAAGCCUGUGCUGACAAUACCAGACGACUCCAGAGUCAUCGGAUCGUUCGACCUCAACCACUUCUCUGUUCGCAUCAUGUCUGUGGACUACCAGGCGUCCGGCCCCGGCCACACCCCUCCUGCAUCACCCGGCCCCCGCCUCAACUUCAGUGAGGACUCUAAAGUGGUUUUGGGAGAUUCUGCUGAGAGUGCAUUUGCUUACGUUCACCACAUGACCCUGUAUGACCUGGAGGCUCGGGGAAUGGUGCGUCCUUUCUGCGUGGCGUACGUGUGCUCAGACCAGGGGAAGUUGAUGGACAAUUAUGCUGAGCUGUCGACGUGCUUCUCUCAGGCUGCUGACAGCCUUAAGACAGGAAACAGACAAGCGUUUUCUAUGGAGCUGCAAAGGAAAUUACAAGAACUGGAGUACACACGGCUGACUCUGCAACAGGACCCAGAGCGUCUGAGGGCAGUUAACGGGUUAACAGAAGAAGAGGAGUCAGAGGAUGAGCUUGAAGCUGUGGAGCGUUUGAUCUGUAAUCACAGAGACCUCCUCCGCCAGGUCACUUCCUACCCAAACAGGAAAAUGAAACAGCCGGAUUUCCUACCUUACGACCCAGCCGACUCUCUCACCGAUCUGUCUGCAUUGAUGCCUCUCCAGCCCUGCCCCCCCUACGCCUUCUUCUCCUCCUCAUCCUGCAGGUCUGAUCGUCAGCUGAAGCCUCUGCAUGAGCUUUGUAACUCCUACUUCUUGUCGCUCAUGAAGGAGCAGCUCAGUGAGACAGAGCGACGCCUGCGCGGCGAUAGAGGUGCACUGCAAACUGCUCGCCUCACGCGCUCGUUGUCCAGACGGCUCGAGCUCGUCAACUUCAUGUUUGAACUGUGGAGCCCAGAAGGCCGAGAGGAGGAGGAGGAGGGGAGAGAGAGCGCCGAGGCAGAGCUACAGAUGAGGAAGAAGAGCAGCAUGGAGGAGCUUCAGUCGGAGCCGAUGAGCCUGGAGUCAUUCUCGUCCUGCGUAGAGGAGAUCCCCAUCAAGAUGGAGGCAGGAGAUUCCGGGAGAGUGACCCCUGACCCUUACGUUGCCACAGAGAUGAUGGGAAGUGUGAGCAGCGGGGACAGCAUUGAAGUGCUUGGGACUGAGAAGUCUUAUCGGACACAGCAUUUAGACGCAAAAUCUGAUAGCAGAGAGACACCAGUCAUGAUGGUGGAUACUUCCUUAAGGCGAGCAGCAGGAGAUUCAGGCAUCAGGCGCGGGCGAGUGUACGCCAGGCGGGCUAACAGUGAGGACAGCAUCGAGGUGCUAAGCACCACUGAGUCCAUCUGUCCUGAAGACCUCACCGCCAUCACAGAGGAAGAAGCAGAGCACCAACCGCUGGGGAACGGCUUUGAGAAACUGACAGAGUCCAACGCUGACGAUGUCCUCAAAGUGGAGCGUAAACUAAAUGCAACUACAUCAGCAAGUGAGAAUGAAAAAGAAGAGCCUGUUCAAGAGGAACGUUCUGAAUUUGACAGAGAAGAGUCCUUAAAGCAAACAACAGUCAGUGGCGAGGUCUUAAUUAAAGAGAAGAAGGUUACUGAUUGUUUGGAGAGCAGUCAAAUCCAUGAAGACAAACAUCCUGAGAAGACACCUAAACCUCUGCAAGUUGACGAAGCGACCGCGUCGACGUCUCAGUGGUCUGAAGUCAAUCAGAUGGUGAAGACUGCACCCAACCUCCACGUCUACUUCGCUCCGCCUGUUGCCCUGGGCGAGAUUGAGAUGUGGACCCGGCCCUGCCCUCCUCUCAGGUUGGUGAGCGUCGAGGAGGCGUCUGACUGCACCAGCUUCACCUCAGACCCGCCCUCUCCCACACAAAAUAUCUACAGCAACAUCCAAUCCCAUAAGAGACGGAGAAGGAAGGCGGGACUCAGAGCCCUCAGGUUCCUCAAACAGAACUCAUUCUCCCAGCAUGCCUUGUUCUGUCUCCUGAGUGGCCGGCCGCUGGUUGUCAUCGGAGGUGAUGAGAUUUUAGUGAGAAAAAUGGUGGAUGCUCUGAGUCUCUUUCUGCCUGCCCCGGGUCCUGAAAGGAACGCUGUGAUGCCAUGUUUGAGUGCCCCGCUGCAACUGACCGACCUGAUCACCUGGAGACUGAUAGGAAUACAUAGAUCUCCCUCCAGCUCUUCAACCAGCAUCCUUCACUCUCUGGCUCGCUACAGUCGUUAUCUGGCUAUGUUGGACCUGGAUCAGAGGACGCUGAACUGUCCGUCAUACUCGGGCUCUCUCAUCAGCAGACUGGCCGACCCUCACACCGGCAUCAGCCGGGGCAUCACCUACCUGCUGCACCUGGAGAGCUGCCUGACUGCACUGACCAACCAGGCUCUACUGUAUACAUUUAAUUCUGCUUUACAGAAACAUCUAAGGACUGCUGCAGGGACUGAUGGUAAUGAGAAGGAGGACAGACUGGCAACACAAGGAAUGUGUAGCAGUGAGAGCGAUUUAAAAGUGAUUGAAUUCCUGUCUGAUCUCAUCAGUCAGCGCCAUGUACAUGGACCGCCGGUUUUAAGAUUCUCCUUAAGCUCAGUUCACCUGCACAGAAAUACAAAUGCAACAUAAACACUGUAUGAACAAAAAUAAUCAACUGUUUAUGAAGGUUGUUUAUUCAAAUCCUUCCUAAAUGCACUGAUUUCUCUCCAACUUGGACUGCUACACAAUAUGCCACCUGCAAAAGUGAACAUGUUAAGACUUAUUUGUUUUAUUUGGAGUGUUACAUGUUAGUGUGUGUGUGUGUGCAUGUUUUUUUUUUUUUUUUCAAUGCUGUGAGGAGUGCUUUACAUAGUACUGGAUGAUAUGCACUUGUGCCUCUCUGGCACCAACAACUUUUACAUGCUGACAGCCUAUGCAGCAGAAACACUUGACUUUUUAUAAAGUUUGAUGUUUUUAAAAUGAAAGAUUACCUGUACUUCUGAAUCACGUCAACUCUAUAUAUUUAAGCUAUUGAGCCUAGAAUUAAAACUGUAUAAUUUAAGCAGCCAAAACAACAGAUUUGAUAUAUUGUUACUUUGACUUCAUGCAGCUUGAUGGUUCAGAAUUACAUGAACUUGUCGUUAUUUACUUUUAAAAAAAUGUCUCCAGUCUGUUGUGCUGUAAUGUAACUAGUUUAGAUGCUGUAUAAUGAAAUCCUGAAUUUCCCCUCUGGGGAUCAAUAAAGUACUAUCCUAAUGCA